AUGUCACUCGACAAUGUCGAGGUAGAGUACGGGUGGAAAGCAACACAGGUGGAGGAAAAUGAACAGAAGAUAACGGUCAACUUUGACAACGGAAGAAGUUUAUCGGGGGAUUUAUUGGUAGGCUGUGAUGGCAUACACUCCUUUGUCAGGUCUGCCCUGGUGGACCUCGAGCGAACACCAGUCUACACGGGCAUCGCCACAGUCUGUGGGUUUGCAGAACUCGCUGACAAAACCGCAGUGCCCUGGCAAUACACUGGGCUCUGUCAGUCGCAACGUGGAAUGCUGAUGACUCCCUACUUCGAGCUAUCACGGAAAAACAAUUCAUUGCAGGAGUCAUGGAGACUGGAGAUGUUGUUUCGAGAGAAGGAUCGAUUUGGCAACACUGAGGUCAAGUUCCUCGAUCCACUGAUCGAGGCGACCGAACACUGGUCACUGUACCCUCUCUACAAGCUUGCACCAAAGGGAAAAUGGGCGUCGAAACGAGCAAUACUGUUAGGAGACUCUGCGCACGCCAUGCCUCCACAGGUUGAAAGUACAGCACAUGCAAUUGAAGACGCCAUUGUUUUCGCCCGGAUCCUAGAAAAGCAUCAGCCAAGCGACAUGGAAGCAGUCCUCGACGCGUAUCAAAAACACAGAAGAGAACGCAUAGACGCUGCAUAUGACGAGUCUGUAUGGGGCUGGGAAACACAAAAGGACUGUGGUUGGUUUAGUUUCUUCAUGAAAUCUUGGAUCUCGUCAGGUUAUUUGUGGUGGACGGCUUCGGCGAGACAGAAGCGAUACACAGAAGAUGUCGGAUCGAUUGACCUAGACUAA